AUGGCGGGCGGCGGCUGGGCCCGGGCCGUGAGGGGGCUGCUGCUCGAUGUCAGCGGGGUGCUCUACGACAGCGGCGCCGACGGCGGGGUCCCCAUCGCGGGCUCGGCCGAGGCCGUGCGCAGGAUCAAAGCCUCUGGGCUGAAGCUGCAGCUCUGCACCAACGAGACGCAGGCGACGCGGGCGGAUUUCGUGCGCAAGCUGCGGAACCUGGGCUUCGACGUCUCGGUGGCCGAAGUGACGGCGCCGGCGCCGGCCGCCUGUCACCUGCUGAGGGAGCGUGGCCUGAGGCCACACCUGCUGGUGCACCACGAUCUUGUCCCUGAAUUUGCUGAGAUUGAUAAGACAAACCCAAACUGUGUGGUUCUUGGAGAUGCAGCAGAAAACUUCACCUAUGCAAACCUUAACGAGGCUUUCCGACUUCUGAUUGGGAUGGAGAAACCUGUUCUGAUCUCCCUUGGACAAGGACGCUACUAUAAAGAAACUGAUGGUCUGAAACUUGAUGUUGGAGCAUAUAUGAAGGCAUUAGAGUAUGCUUGUGAUGUCCAGGCUGAGGUGGUGGGAAAACCAGCAAAAAGUUUUUUUGAGUCAGCCCUGGCAGAGCUGGGAGUUCCAGCAGAGCAGGCCAUCAUGAUCGGGGAUGACAUCGUGAGCGACGUGGGGGGAGCGCAGCGCUGCGGGAUGCGAGCGCUGCAGGUGCGCACGGGCAAGUACAGGCCAUCUGAUGAAAACCACCCCUUGGUGAAGCCUGAUGCCUACGUGAACAACCUGGCUGAGGCUGUGGACAUCAUCCUGCAGCAGCAGCAGCUGUGAAUCCCAGCAGGAGCAGGAUGAGCCCUCACAUGCAGCCCCUCAUGGAACCACUUCAUCCUCUCCCAGCUGCAUCUCACCUUAACAAACCCAGCCCAGCCCUGUGCAGGGUGGUGGGCACCCACCUUAGGAAAUGUUUCACACCAUGGUACUGAAAUGAUCUACUGACCUCUCAUCCACAGGAAUACCAAACCUGCUGUGCUCUGGCAGGUGUUGAGUGUCCUGCCCUUGGUGCCUGGGAGGGGCCUCAGCCCCCUCUGGGUGAUGCUGGGGGGCUCUUCCCCCUUUUUGUCUUUGCUCACACUGGGGACCCAGCCUGGAGGUGGGAAACAGGGAACCUGGGCACCCCCUUGUGAGCUGGUUUACCUGUUUAACCCCCAUGUCCUGUGCCUUUUGGGGUGCCUGAGAUGGGCUGGGGGAGUCCUUGGGGGCUGAUGGAGGCCACCAAGCCCCAGGGUCCUGUGUGUGCCUUGGGUGGCACAAAAGCCCUGGGGAGGGGACAGCCCCGUGUGCCUUGGCAAGGCAGGAACUGUGGUUCUGCCAGGAUCAGCCUGUCUGGAGCAGCCCUGGGUGAGGGCACAGUAAUCCAGUAACACUUUAGGGAAUAACUGCACCAUCCUGUCAGGAAUAAACCCUUUGGAUCUGGCC